AUGUCAGCUACGAAAUUGAUUCUAUACGACAUAACCUCCGUCCUGAGCGACAAAGCCUGGAGCCGUAACGUGUGGCGGGUGAGAUAUCUCCUGAACAUCAAGGGCAUACAGUACCAGACGCGCUGGCUGUCUCAUCCGGAGAUAGAGCCCGAGUUGAAGCGCAUCGGUGCUUCACCGACGAGCCACUGGAUGCUGAAGGCGGAGACUUACACCCUUCCGGUCAUGUAUGACGCCUCCAAGAAGACAGUGCUAUCUGAUUCCAACACGAUCGCCGCGUACCUGGAGGAAACGUUCCCCGAAACACGUUCUCUACGGGUAGCACAGUCCAUCGAGUUCGUUCAGUCAUUCGGUGCACGUCUCAACGAGUCCUUGUUCCCAUUGCUGGUCGCGCCGACCGCAGAGAACUUGCUGCCAGAAACACGGGCUGCGUGGAGAACUAAGCGGGAGAAAGCGUAUGGAACGACUUUGGAAGCCAUGGCCGAGCCGGACACGAAACGCGCGGAGCUGUUGAAAGUCGUGGACGAUGAACUCUCCUAUCGCGACGUGGCCAUUGCCGCGACCUUAAUCAACGCACGACGAGUAGGCGGAGCGGACAGCGAUAUCUGGAGAGCUCUCAUGGAGGCGCACGAAGGACGUUGGAGGGAGCUCAUGAGCCACUUCGCUCAGUGGGAAGCCGUUGAUGUUGGUAUCGAUUCGAGCUGUACAGGCAGCACCUCAUCCUAG